AUGAGCGAUACAAACAACCUCCGCCCAAGUGACGGUAAUGGGCAUGACGUGCCCUCGUCUAGCACAACACUACGUUCAGAAUCUCGUUCCAGUCUAGGAUAUGGCGAGAAGGCUUCGCAGCCUUCGCCAGAUACAGCGGAAGAAGAUCGCGAUCUCGAAAGUGGCAACUAUGACGCACAGCAACCAUCAGCCGACGAAAAGCCGAUUGAAGAAAAGUCCAAGGAUUCCAAAGAGGAAAAGCCCAAGGACCCAAAUCUUGUCGAAUGGAAUGGUCCCGAUGACCCCGAGAACCCGCAGAAUAUGCCGCAUUGGAGGAAGUGGAUCAUAACAAUGACGAUGUCGUCCAUGACCAUGUGGCUCACUUUCGCGAGUAGUGUGUUUUCGACGGCGACGAUGGUGACGGCACAGCAGUUUGGCGUGUCUACAGAGGUUAUGGUUCUUGCUACCAGUUUGGUGGUGUUUGGUUUUGCUGCUGGUCCUCUGGUCUGGUCACCCAUGUCGGAACUGUAUGGGCGCAAAUAUCCCCUCUUCCUUGGAUAUUCCUUGUUCGCUAUCUUCCAGAUUCCGGUUGCCGUGGCCAAGAACGUCGAAACUAUCCUUGUGUGUCGGUUCUUGAUGGGUUUCCUGGGUUGCUCACCCUUGGCUGUUGUUGGAGGCGCAAUGGCGGACUUCUGGGAUCCUGUUGAUCGCGCCAUAGCGAUUGCGCUGUUCUCAGCAGCUACUUUCGUUGGACCCGUGCUAGGUCCGAUUGUUGGCGGGUUUCUCACUGAUUCAUAUCUCGGCUGGCGGUGGACUGCCUGGAUCACGCUGAUUGCAUCCGGGUCGUUUGGCACCAUUGCCUGGUUCGUGGUCCCAGAGACCUACCAUCCGGUACUUCUCAAAAGACGCGCUGCCAAACUUCGCAAGGAGACUGGCAACCAAGAUCUUUAUGCGUUCCUCGACCACCACAAGCCGAGCUUUGGAGACAUCGUCCGCAAAUACCUGUUCCGUCCUGUUCAGAUGCUCAUUCUCGAGCCCAUUCUCAUCCUAAUCACUCUCUACCUUGCGCUGGUGUACGGAAUCCUGUACCUCUUCUUCGAAGCCUACCCGGUCUCGUUUCAGGAGGAGCGCGGUUGGACCAACGAGGGUAUCGCUGGUCUUCCAUUUAUAGGAAUCAUGAUCGGAGUGUUCUGCGGCGUGGCCCUCAUCAUCUGGCAAACCAAGACCCGCUUUGCUCAUAAACUUGCCAAGCAUGGCAGAGUCAUCCCUGAGGAACGUCUGGUGCCUAUGAUGGUCGCCUCCGUCCUCCUUCCGGGUGGUCUUUUCUGGUUUGGCUGGACGUCUAGCCCUAACGUGCACUGGUUGGCUCAGGUUGCCGCUGGUGUCCCUAUUGGCGCCGGCAUCCUCGUGAUUUUCAUGCAGGGCCUCAACUACAUCAUCGAUGUGUACAUGAUGUUUGCGAACUCUGCCAUCGCGGCGAACACUCUUAUUCGAAGCUCACUUGGAGGAGCUUUCCCACUCUUCGCCACGCAGAUGUACCACAAGCUGGGCGUGCCCUGGGCGUCCAGUCUGCUUGGGUUCAUCACCCUUGCGAUGAUUCCCAUCCCCAUUAUCUUCUUCAUCUAUGGCAAGAAGAUUCGGGCGCUGAGCAAGUUCUCGCCCAACUUCUGA